GUUUCAUCUUUGGAUCAAAGGAAACAUGUUACAAUAACGACAAUAUUGGCUGCUUUAGCAAUGCCAGACCUUAUAACAAUGCUCAUGGAAAACUGCCUGAGUCACCGGAACAUAUGCAAGUGGAAUUUCUGUUAUACACGAGGGCAAACAGAAACACGCCCCAGAUUGUCACAAAAGAUGCCGCAUCAAUCCACGGUUCUCACUUUAGUGGAACAAAAAACACAAAGUUCAUAGUUCACGGCUAUCAAGAUGACGGUCGUGGACCUUGGCUGAAGAAGAUGGCAGGCGCUUUUCUCACGAAGGGGGAUAUGAACGUGUUUGCGGUAAACUGGGCCAAAGGGGCGGACAAUAUAAACUAUGCACAAGCAGCAGCCAACACCCGGGUUGUCGGUGCACUCAUUGCGCAAUUCAUUACGAGUCUGCACACGAAUACGCAUGCGUCAUAUGAGACAUUUCAUCUGAUUGGUCAUAGCCUUGGGUCGCACAUUUCCGGUUAUGCUGGGGAGAGAAUACAUAAAAUCGGUCAUAUCACUGGACUUGACCCAGCUGGGCCAUUGUUUGAGAAACAAGACAUCCGAGUAAGACUGGAUCCAAGUGACGCCAUGUUUGUUGACGCUAUCCACACUGAUGGAGACUCUCUACUGGAACUAGGUUUCGGGCUUGAGAAACCUAUUGCCCACGCCGACUUCUACCCAAAUGGUGGAGAAAAACAGCCUGGUUGCGUACACGAGGUCGGUAAACAUCUUUUCAGUCUUAUCACCGGCAAGAUUGAAGGAUUCACUGACAGAGUUGCCUGCAGUCACAUGAGAGUUUUAGAUCUAUAUAUAGAGUCUAUCAACUCUCAUUGUCACUUCCGGUCGUAUCCAUGCGCGAACAAGAAUGAUUUCAAUGGCGGAAAAUGCACUUCUUGUGGACACGGAUGCGCUGAUAUGGGCGUCACCGCACCCAGAGGACAUCCGCAUGGCACAUUUUACCUCACAACGAAUGCAGCAUCCCCUUUUUGCCAACAUUAAUUUUUUUUUAAUUUGCGUCAUUAUCUUAAGAAAACAUGUAAAAUAAAUAAUAGAAAUUAUCACUUA